AUGCCACGUGGCACAACGUUGUUGGUGAAUGCAUGGGCCAUACACAGAGAUCCAAACACGUGGGAUGAUCCGGAUAGCUUUAAACCGGAGCGGUUUGAGAAAGAAGAGGAAGCACAAAAGCUUAUGGCGUUUGGAUUAGGGAGAAGAUCUUGUCCUGGAUCGGGUUUGGCUCAGCGGAUCUUGGGGCUUGCUCUCGGGUCGUUGAUACAAUGUUUUGAGUGGGAGAGAGUUGGUAAAGAAGAAGUGGAUAUGAAGGAAGGAACUGGAAACACAGUACCUAAAGCGAUUCCGCUAAAAGCCGUUUGCAAAGCUCGUCCAUUUCUACACAAUAUUAUCUCCUAA